AGGGUAUAAUUCCUAUCGCUUCUUUAAACAGCGUAUAAAAGGUAUAAUCGUUUAAAAAAUGUUGAAACUUGAGUGCUACUUCAAGUCGCUGUUGUGCUUUAUGAAGUUACAAUAAUCUGGCGUGUACCGUUCAUUUAUUACCCAUUAUGAAAGAAGUCUCGGCCAUUCAGUCUCACUGAAGAGACUCUGCCUUAAAGUUAAACUGGCGUGUUAUUUACUUUAUAAAAUGUAAUUCAUCCAGUUGGAUCACCUGAGCUUCCCCCGAAGCAAAGUCCGCCCAUCCUCUAUAAAUAAGCCACUGCGAGUCAGCCACUCCAUCUAGAGUGAACUAUGUGUAGCAACGGUGAGCUGCAAAUGUUUGCUGAGGUUAAUUGCCGUUCUCACUAUAACGGGAAAGUAAUGGACACAAGCCAACAAAAAGUGGACGUCAACAUUUUAUUAGUUGGAGCAGAAAAUGUUGGGAAAACUGCGCUAACGGUGCGAUUUAUCACCAGAAGGUUCAUCGGUGAAUAUGGCGAUAUAGAUUGGAUCUACUAUCAUAGUGACAGAAUUGAUGGCCGGGACAUUUCUUUCAAUAUCUGGGAUUCGAUAUAUGCUCGGAGCCCGGGGGCAUCUGGACGCAUCACCGAGAAGCAGCUCCAAUGGGCGGAUGGUUUCAUUUUGGUCUACAGCAUUUGUGAUCGUUCAAGCUUCAAUGUGGUGCGCCAGCAGCUGCAACACAUCAGGCACUGCAAGAGUAAGAUACCAGGGAGCGUGCCUGUAAUAAUCGUCGGCAACAAGCGCGACCUGCAGCAUCGGCGCACGGUUUCCAGCGAAGAGGGUAGACUGCUCGCCCUUUCCUUGGGGUGUGGCUUUUUUGAGAUCUCCGCCGCCGAGACGUACCACGGCGCUCUGCUGGUCUUCCACGAACUGCUGGAUCUGAUCCGCGAGGCGCGCGCCAUUAAAAAGGAGACGCAUGGGAUCAAGGGCAUCGUCAGGACUGUGUCUGCUGUCUUUGGACGGAGAAGAACUGAAUGAUUUUUUUUUUAGGAUUUCGACUUAAUGCAAGUUUUAUUAGCUAUAAGGCUGCGAGUUUUAUCUGUUGAGCACAUCUUUUAUCAGUUCAUAUGACAUGUGAGUGGAAUCCUGGGUUUUCAGAUCCAGUGAGUUCAUUUUACAUUUUCAGCCAGGCUGAUAAAUGAUUCACCACUAUCUCCGGCAUAAUCUCGUUAAGCUGCAGUUAUCUCUUCAUUAAGAAGCUUGAUGACUUGGUAAUAUUAUGUAGUAUUCCCAGGCAACAUCGUCUUAGUGGAUGCAACAGGAUCUGUCCUACUUGUACUUCACUUUAAUUCUGCCUUUAACCUGUUUCAGUUGUAGCCUUAUUUCCAUUGUUGUACAGGCAGCAUUUUGUAACGUAACUACUGUGUAGUGUUUGUCAUUAGACAGGGUAUAUAUAAUUUUGGACUGAAAAUUCAGUACUGCACACAAGUGGACUGAAUUUUCAGUGUCUCUAAAAAUGUGUUGAAUACAUUAAUGUGUGUGUGGGUCCUCAUAAAAGCCAUAAAUGAGAAUAGUAGGCUGUUCUAGAUGCUACAUUCCAUCUAGAGCACAGACUUGGUAGCUGGGUUUUGUGCCUUAAUACUUGUUUGUGUACCAUAAUUUUGUAUGUGUACAUAUUACUGAACUAAAUUAUCAAAUGUAUUUUUAAAAUAAAACCUAAUUUAAGUCUCAAA